CUCCGGCAGAACACUGGUCCAUGGGGAGCAGGAGAGGCCCAGGUGGGUGAGGAGCGAGCGCCUGCGCCCGGGAAGCCCCGUCUCGGGGCCAUGGGUGGGCAGGUGAGGCUGCCGCCCGGAGAGCCCUGCCGAGAAGGCUAUGUGCUGUCUCUGGUCUGUGGGAACUCCUCCCAGGCUUGGUGUGAGAUCACGAAUGUGUCACAACUGCCAGCCUUUCCUGACCUCUACAUGGACCUGAAUUUCAGCACAACCAACUUGAGCAUUUCUGCAUAUGCAGAAAAUAAAUACAGUCCUUAUGUGGGCUUGGUACUGGCAGUAAGUUCCAGUGUUUUUAUUGGCUCCAGCUUCAUAUUGAAAAAGAAGGGCCUCUUACAACUGGCCCAAAAGGGAGUUACUAGAGCUGGAGAAGGUGGACAUUCUUACCUCAGGGAAUGGCUCUGGUGGGCAGGAUUACUCUCAAUGGGAGCGGGAGAAGCUGUGAAUUUUGCGGCUUAUGCUUUUGCACCUGCUAUGUUGGUCACCCCACUGGGCGCCCUGAGUGUUCUCAUAAGUGCAAUAUUGUCUUCCUAUUUUUUAAAUGAGCACUUGAACAUUCAUGGGAAAAUGGGCUGCAUAUUAUGUAUCUUGGGGUCAACUGUGAUGGUUAUCCAUGCCCCACAAGAAGAGGAAGUCACUUCUUUGCAUGAAAUGGAAAUGAAAUUGAGAGAUCCAGGAUUUAUUUUCUUUGCUGUGGUCAUAGUUGUGAUCUCCUUGGUGCUGAUUUUGGUUGUGGCUCCCAAGAAAGGACAGACCAAUAUAUUGGUCUACAUUUCAAUCUGUUCAUUGACUGGAGCAUUUUCAGUUUCUUCUGUCAAGGGCCUGGGGAUUGCCAUUAAAGAACUAUUAGAAUGGAAGCCAGUUUACAGUCAACCUCUGGUCUUUGUUUUGCUGGCUGUACUUGUGCUUUCAGUGACUACACAGAUUAACUAUCUCAACAAGGCACUGGACACCUUUAAUACAUCACUUGUGACUCCCAUUUAUUAUGUCUUCUUCACAUCCAUGGUAGUGACUUGCUCGGCCAUCUUAUUCCAAGAGUGGUAUGGCAUGAAAGCUGGAGAUAUCAUUGGAACUCUGAGUGGGUUCUUCACCAUUAUCAAUGGCAUCUUCCUUCUGCAUGCUUUUAAAAACACUGACAUUACCUGGAGUCAGCUGACAUCCACUGCUAAAGACGUGGUCUCUCUGAAUGGCCAUGAAGACAAAUAUACUUUACUACAGAAUGCAGGCUAUGAAGAUGACAUUACCUUGUUCAGCAGGACUGAUGACCAAAAUCUCUAGAAAGCCUGAACUUUAACCAAUAUAAGAUACUUGGAGAGGAGAAGGAAUGCCUACUUCUUGGAAGAACGGUGAGAAAAGUUAGCAUUAACUAAGUAGGUGUGAGGCCAAGCAAAAAAAAAAACCUACAUUUUUGGCCAUGAAAUUUGAAAAUCAAGUUUUGAUCCUCCUCCAGAAGACUCCUGCUUUUUUUUAUUUCUGUAAACUUGAAAUAUUCCCUGAACAUAAAGAAGUGGAAAAAUUGUAUGAGGCUCAAAAUAAUCUCUUUUUUCUGGUCAAAAUAUAUGUAACUCUCCCAGGUG